CGGCGUGUGCACGUCUGCCUUCACCGGUCCCCUCUGCGACCGUGGACGCCAGUCGACGUCGGGUCUCCCGAGCGCGCAGUCGUGGGAGUUGUCGUCGUUGUUCGACGAUUCACGCGUGUCUCGAUCGUUUCGCGAUCAGGUGAACCGACGAUCACCUCGAUCGAAUACGUUGCGUUUGGAGCGAAUCGUCGUUGGAUCUCGUGCUUCGUCUUCGUGUAGUCUGACCCGUGGCGUCGGGUAUCUUGGAUCUUGGAUCGACGUCGAUCGAUAGUGAAUCCUCGCGUGGCCGACGAUCGCGUCUAUCCUGCUGACAGUGGUUGGUCUAGGAUGCGUUGGAGGGAUGUAAUUUUUUACAAAAUCCCGAGCUAACUGAAACGCAGAAUAUCCUCGCUCCUGGCAGUGGUCCCUCGUGACAGUGGUCCCGCGCUGGACCAACGUGUACGCAUCGUUUGCGGUUUAUCUCGAUGGAAGGUCGUCCGGGUGACUCUUCUGGAGAACGUUUCCGGUGGAUGCAGAACGGCGAUCUGAUCGACGAGUCGGUUUCGAAUUCGAGCGGGCGUGCGUGCGUGGUUGAACAUCGGAGUGAAUCGAAAGGAUUGUUUCGCGAAUGGAAGGACGACCUUGAGGGUGUCGAGGGACUGUCGAGAGCAACGGGAGACUUUGUUGGUGUGUCUGUUAAUUGCGAAUGCGGAUCGUACGUAAAUCGUGCUUGUGGUACCACGGUUGGGUUCGACGAGUCGCAACUGGAGAUGCGGAUGCCUGUUAAGAGGAGCAAAGAGAUCGUUUGCAAUUAUCUGCCCAGAAUGGCGGCUCUCCUCUUCUUCGCGUGCCUCUUGCUGCAUGAUACUCGGACAACGUCUGCAGCAUUCACCACUGUUACCACUGUACCCGAUCCCGAGUUUGUCGAUAAAAUAGGAAAUAUUACAGUAUCAACAGGACGUGACGUAAAAUUAGCCUGCAGCGUCAAGGACUUGGGCCCAUACAAGGUGGCCUGGAUGCUUUUCGACAAGAGCGCUAUCCUGACGGUACAGAAUCACGUUAUUACCAGGAACCCCAGGAUAACCGUAUCGCAUGAUAAGCACAGGACUUGGUUCCUACAUAUCAAAGAUGUACGCGAGGAGGACAAGGGAAGGUACAUGUGCCAGAUUAAUACGGCAACUGCGAAAACACAAUACGGCUACGUGCACGUCGUUGUGCCUCCAAACAUAGAGGACUACCAGACUUCAUCGGAUGUCAUUAUACGAGAGAAUUCCAACGUGAGCUUGACGUGCAAAGCGACAGGAAGUCCGAAACCAACUAUAAGCUGGAAAAGAGACGACGGCUCAAAAAUUACAAUAAAUAAGACGUUAUCUGUGUCAGAGUGGAAAGGCGAGACGUUGGAAAUUACGCGCAUCUCGAGACUAGACAUGGGUGUUUACUUAUGCAUCGCAACAAACGGGGUUCCUCCAACUGUGAGCAAGCAGAUCAAAGUCUCCGUCGAUUUUCCCCCUAUGCUGUGGAUACCGCACCAAUUGGUCGGUGCACCCUUAGGAUACUCAGUCACGUUGGAAUGCCACACCGAGGCUCAUCCGAUUUCUUUGAAUUACUGGACCAGGGAGGACGGCUUGAUGAUUCACGAAAGUAACAAAUACAGAACCGUGUCUACCCCAGAGAAACCCACCUACAAAACGCACAUGAUGCUCACCAUACACGACCUACAGGAGGAGGAUUACGGUAGCUACAAAUGCAUCGCGAAAAAUCCGCGCGGUGAAACCGACGGCAGCAUUCGCUUGUACGAGUCCCCGCCGCCGACCACCAGCCCCAGUCCGUCCACCACGGAGUUGCCGAAGAAAGACUGGGACCUGAUGGCUGAAAUGAAUAACUCCGUUUACGGGAAUCCAAGCUCACUGACCAUUCACAAUGAAAAAAGCAUGAAAGCAGGUAAUAAAUUCCAGUCGAACCUGAGCGAGAUCGGGAAGUCGGAGCAAAAAUCGAGCGACCCGGAUCGGAAAAGGAAUUACGAUUGGCCCCCAGACAGCGAUUCAGCUCUGACCAUCACGACGACAGGACUGCUGCUAAUGGCCGCCCUGAUCGCGGUGACGAUCGUUCGAUAAGCGGAACCGGAAACGGACGCUUUCGCGGUCGGAUCAUCUGUAAUUAGGGACUCGAUUUAAACCUAACAGAAAACUAAAUGAAGUUAGAAAUCGAUACGGAUACAAGGAGCACGGGCACACGUACACGAGAAACCACAGGAUCCACGCACAAACACGCAUACAUACCAACACAGACACAUACAUGUACACGCAUACAAUGAAUACAGGCGAAAAUUGACUGAGUAGUUAGUGUCGUAUUAAAGAAAAAAAAAGGAAGUGGAGGAAAAUAAAUAAAUAAAUAAUACUAAGAAUAAUAAUUACGCGUGCCAAGUCAGUGUAGCGCAGUGUCCAAAAAUGAAGACGAACGAGAUGGGAGGAGAGAGACGGUGGGAUAGAAAAUGAAUUUCUACCGAGCAACGAGCACGAGGCGUGGAGGACGAGGAAAAGGGUCAAAUCACAAAGUGCAACGACUAUCGCUUUCAGUGUAACAUAUUGUAUAACGCCGUAAUGUCGCCGCAGAGACCGCGCCAACGAUCUCGAAUUUCGCUGCAAGCCAAGCCAGUUCGAGCAUGAAACGUUCCACGAGGCAUCUCCCGCGAGUGUCUUUCCCUUAAUUCGAGCUUCCCGCGCCGACGAUCCCCGUGAUUGAACCCGCUAGUCGAUCUCAGUGAUUAAAAUCAACCUUGUAAUCAGUUUUACCGCCGAAUAGAAUGCUCAUGCGACUCGGAGUGGUCGUAAAGUGGAUGUUUAAUGAAUCGUUUCGAGAAUCACGUGUUGAAUGCAUUGUUUCUUUACGGGUAUCUUGUAUCGCAUUUUAUUUUAUUUUAGGGUGUGGAAAAUAAUUAAACCUUUUGUCUUU